UUUUGUUUUCAAACAGGAAGCACUUUGCAAUCAAUCAUGGGUGUCCCGGCAAUGUUUCGUUACUUGUCGAACAAGUUCCCAAAGCUUGUUACGCCAUGCGCGGAGACCCCGUCGACAGUGAUCAAUGGCACCAAGGUCCCGAUCGACACGAGCAGGCCAAACCCAAACCAGCAAGAGUUUGACAACCUCUACCUUGACAUGAACGGUCUCAUCCACCCAUGCUGUCACCCCAUCGACAGACCGCCGCCUGCGUCCGAGGACGAAAUGAUGGUGCUGAUUUUCGAAUACAUUGAGCGGAUUUUCGCGAUCGUCCGCCCCCGCAAGCUUGUGUACAUGGCUAUUGACGGCGUUGCACCUCGUGCCAAGAUGAACCAGCAGCGUUCUCGCCGAUUCCGCGCCGUCCGAGAGGCUGCCGAAAGCGCCACCAAGCUUGCCGAGUUGCGCGCCAAGUUGGAAGCUGAUGGCGUUCGACUGCCCCAAAAGAAAGGCCACAAGUUUGACUCGAACUGCAUCACUCCCGGCACAGAGUUCAUGGAGCAGCUGGCUGUGUGUCUCCGCUACUUUAUCCACCGAAAGCUGAUGGAAGAUCCUGGCUGGCAGAACAUCAAGGUCAUCCUCUCGGACGCCAACGUUCCCGGCGAGGGCGAGCACAAAAUCAUGGACUACAUCCGCCAUCAGCGUGCGCACCCCGAGUACGAUCCCAACAUCAAGCACGUCAUGUACGGCGCGGACGCCGAUCUCAUCAUGCUCGGCUUGGCAACGCACGAGAUUAGCUUUACCAUCAUUCGAGAGGAGUUUGUGCCCAACACACCGAAACCCUGCAGCAUCUGCAACCAAAUGGGCCACGAGAGCACCGAAUGCCGCGGAGAGGCUUCCGUGCCUGACUCUACCGUCGAAGCCGCCCCUGCAAGCGGGCCCAAAAACUUUAUCUUCAUCUCGAUUCCCAUUCUCCGCGAGUACCUCUCGCACGAAUUGCUCAUUAGCGAGCGGCUGCCGUUCGAGUUUGACAUUGAGCGUGCGAUCGACGAUUGGGUGUUUAUGUGCUUUUUCGUCGGAAACGACUUUUUGCCCCACCUCCCCUCGCUCGAAAUCCGCGAGGGUGCCCUCGAGACGCUCUUGAGCAUUUACCGUCGCCGCCUGCCGAGCAUGGGCGGAUUCAUCACCGACAGUGGUCAGGUUGUUGUUGAGCGUGCCCUCGAGAUUCUCCGCGAGAUCGGCACCAUGGAAGACAGCAUCUUCCAACGCCGGCACUCCGAAGACGAGCGCCAGAAGCGAAACGAGCAGCGUCGCGAGCAAGACCGCAAGCGUCGCGAACAGAGCGAACGCACCUGGUCUCCUUCCAUGCAAUUGUCUCAGCUCGGGGGCCCUUCUUCGAGCUCGCCUGCUCAACGCGCCCCACUCUUCUCCCAUCCUCCUGGUUCUUCAUCAGGCCCUGCUCACUCGUCUGGCUCAUCUGCACUUCCAAAGCCGCCUGUGCAGAGCGACGCCGAGGGCCACCAAGCGAAAAAGAUCAAGCCCGACAACUCUGCCAAUCGCGACGCUGCCAAGGCACUCAAGGCUGCCCUCAGCGGCAACGCGACGGAAAGUGUUUUGGAUGCCGCUGCAGCUGAGGCGGCCAACGCGGCGACCAGCGGCGACGCGCCUGUGGAGACCAGCAGCAGCAUGGCGACCGACCAGGAGCCUCCGAAAGGCGUAAAGCGAGCUCACUCGGAGACAGAUACGACACCAAGCGUUUCUCGUGACAACUCGCUCGCCAGCGAGUUUACGUUCGCGCCCGCGCCUGCUGAAGAAGCGCCCGCUGCAGCUGCCACCGCGACACCCGCGCUAGCUCGGGCAUCCACUUCGUCACGCUCAAACACCCCUGCGCGCGGCGGCGAUGAGGAUGGCGAGGACGGCGGUGACAAUGACGAGGUUCGCCUUUGGGAGCAAGGCUGGAAGGAGCGCUACUACCAAAACAAGUUCCACGUUUCUGCCGACGACAAUGAUUUCCGAUCCAAGCUGGCUGCCGCGUAUCUCGAAGGGCUCUGCUGGGUGCUGCAGUACUACUACCAGGGCGUGCCGUCGUGGAAGUGGUAUUAUCCCUACCAUUACGCUCCGUUCGCGUCUGACUUGCCCGCCGCCACCAACGUCAACACCAAGUUCGACAAAGGACCGCGCCCCUUCCGUCCGCUCGAGCAGCUGAUGGGCGUGCUUCCCGCUGCCAGUGGCAACUUUGUGCCCAAGACGUGGGCCAAGCUGAUGAGCGACGACGAGUCCCCAAUCCUCGACUUUUAUCCCACCGAGUUUGAGGUCGACAUGAACGGCAAGAAGGCUGCAUGGAUGGGCGUUGUGCUUUUGCCCUUCAUUGAAGAAAAACGGCUGCUGGAUACCCUGAAAACUGUGUACGACGACCUCCGCCCCGAGGAGGUGGAGCGAAACAAGCUCGGAUACGAGGUUGUCUACGUGGGACACAAGCACGCCGGUUUCGACAGCAUGUGCACCAUCUACAGCAACAGCGCGCCCCCGCUGCCCACAGAAAUCGAACCAAAGCUGUUCCAACAGAUGGCUGGCAAGCUCGAUCACGAUGAUGCGGUCUGUCUUCCCGGUAGCACAUUCAUCUCUCCUCUCCUCGAGUUUGGCCAAGAGUCGCUCGACAACAACCAAGCAAUCAGUGCCAAGUACUUUAUGCCAGAGUAUCCCCGUGAUUUCAUCUUCAAGGCGACCAUUCAUCCCGCCGCCACACGUCCCCCGCCGUUGCUUACGCCUCAGGAUUUCGAGGGCAAGAACAAGCAAAUGCGUGGAUACAGCCAACACAACAAUGUCAUCAACCACGACAUGAACCGACCCCAGAUGUCUCUCAACCCAGCCUGGCUUCCUCACUCUGGCGGCGGCGGCGGCGGCGGCGAUCGUGGUGGUUUCCGGCGCCACGACAGCGAUGACCGUCGUAACAAUGGACAACAACGCUUCGAUCCUUACUAUGGAAACCGAAAUCAAGGUGGCCAGGGCUACCCGCGUGAAGACCGCGGUGGCUACGAGCAACGUGGCGGCUACGAGCACCGCGGGGGAUACCGCGGAGGUCGAGGUGGUUUCAAUGGAAGUCGUGGCGGCCAUGAUGGCUCCGACAAUCGCGGCGGUUACGAGGGCAAUCGCGGCGGUUAUGAGGGCAAUCGCGGCGGUUAUGAGGGCAACCGUGGCGGUUAUGAGGGCAACCGUGGCGGGUACGAGGGCAACCGCGGUGGCCAGUACAACCAUCGUGGCGGGUACGACAACCACCGAGGAGGAUACGGCGGCGGUGCCAGCAAUUCUCCGUACGCGUCUCGCCCGCUGCCUUCUCACUAUGUGCAGCCACCCCAGCAGCAGCAGCCACAACACCACCACCAACAACACCAACACCAACAAGGUUAUAACGGAGGAUAUGGUGGAGCGUCUGCGCCUCCUGCCGCCGCCCCUCAGUACGGGUACGAUUCGCGUGCCCACGGCGGUCGACCUCCGCAGCAAGGCUACUACACGGGACCUGCGGCCCAAUCCUAUCCGCCGCAGCAGCAACAACAGCCGCACCACCAGAAUCAGGGGCAGCAGUACGGCGGUCCUCAGCAAGGCGGCUACCAACAGCCCCGACCAGGCACCUCGCCGUACGCUCGCCGCUAAUCUUUAUCGACUCUUGUUGUUUGUAUCCCUUUUCCACUCUUUCGGGUGCACUGGCCUUCGUUUUUUAUGUUUUGUAGUAAACAAUUCCAGUUCUUGUCCUGUUGCUGUCCUGAACAUUGACCGAGAGCUCCUCUCCUCUGUGUUUGUCAUGUCUGCGAUGUACGUGUCUGUUUGUGUGUGUGUGUGUCCAUGCAUGUAAGCAUCAAAACGAUGAAAAUGUUUG